GAAUUCCUCAAAGCGAACCGGAAAAUGCUUCGCAUACGAUGUACGCAGUGUCAAAUGUCACUGGAGAAACCUUUGAAAUGCGCAAAGUGUAAGAGCGUUUGGUAUUGCUCAAGAGAGUGUCAAAAGAAACACUGGUCCACCCACAAACCGAGAUGCCACGAAGUCGAACGCUCCUCGGGAGCCCUCAAAUUCAUACGAAUGUUCAUUUUGAAUCCGUUACUCAUGAAUUUCCUCAACAUUGGUGUCGUCAUUGACUGUGGCCUGCUUGACAAUCCUCGGAUCGGAUUCGACGUGCCGUUCGGGGUGCGCGUUGAUAUUGCAAUUGAGCCGAGUGAUGUCCUAGACUUCGUUGGAUUGUAUUUGGGCAGCAAAUCAGUUGGGGAGAAGCUUCAAGGGAUGGUGCAGGUCAAUGCAAUGGCACAGUAUGAACUUACGCCGGAGCGGGUAGACCAAUGGCGUGAGGCUCGGGCAAGGCAUGACGCAGAGGGUUUUGCCAAAGAUCCUGUUGGACUCGUGGAUUUCAUUGAUGCUACUUGCACAGAACACUCUGGGAAUGGGGCAACCGUUGAGCUGCACUUCCCACGUGUUGUCCUUGACAUCGCAAAGGCUCGAGAGCCUUUCUUACGUGUCUCUGCUGUCACGGGCGCAGAAACCAGGAAACCCAUGAGUGCUAUGUCAUGUCUAGAGACUAUCAACAUGCAUAUUCGGGCAGAUAAGGAUAAUCAGUUGUAUUUACGCACUGAGAUGACAGAUCAAGAUAAGCAGAUUAUUCGCGCUGCAGGUCGCAACGAGGACACAUAUCUGGCCCGCCUUCUUCAAGAGAAGAUAAAAAGGGAACACCUCUAUGCCGAUAUCGCGCAAUUGAUACCUUGAGUAGUUUAACAAGGAAAUUCUAAUUUCUGGCACGAGAAAUCUAUAUCAUCUCCCCCGUGACUUUCAAGUUGUACCGUACUUCGUCCCGUCUAUUGGGCCUUGAUUUUCAUGUUAUACCUGCUGAAAAAUUGACAUCUUAAAGACGCUGCAAUUGAAGCAUAUGUAAUCGUAUUCAGUCCAUACGGUUACCGGCACGAUCUUGAUCAGUCUCGGCCCUCCUACACGAGUUCUUUUGUCUUAUCAUC